GUGCUGCUGGCACACACCCACUCCAAGUCCAAACUACGCCUGACCAGCCAGCCAGCCAGCCAGCCCAUCGCAUCUCAUCCCAUCCAAGCCAAACUACUAGCUACCAAGUUAGUGUUGCAGAGAGACGCUCAGCACCAGCGCGGCAACCGGUCUCCUCGCCAGGCACCAGACGGCGGCGCGCGCCCCCCGCCAUGAGGCGAGUCGUCGGCCCUCUGGAUCGGCGGAGACGGGUGACGCGCUGUCAGCCCUGUGCCCAACGACGCAUCAAGUGCCAGGGCGGACCCCCAUGCGACUACUGCGUCCGGGCCAGCAAGACGUGCCGGCCCCAGUCCCCUCGCGCGCGCCCCGACGACGUCACCGCCAUCAUCGUGGCAUGCCACCCGCCGCCGCCGCCGAUCAGGACCCGUCCCCGGACGCCCGAUGACGCCCUAUUCCUGGACUGCUUUGCGUCAUUCCUGCGCCGUCGCUGCCACCUCACGCGGGUGUUUGUGGACGCGGCGGCGAAUGACCUCGCGCGCCUGGUGCACGAAUCCGCGCCCGUCAAAGACCUGGCCGUCGCCAUCGGGGCGCUUGAUGCGAGCCGCCAGGGGCCGGUGACGGUGGCCGCGCGGGGAGGGCGCGAGGCGCGGUGUACGGCUUUUCGUGCGUAUGGCAGGGCGAUGAGCAGGCUGCAGACCCGUCUGAGCGACCCGGAUGCCGUCGCUGGGGAAGAUGUCGUCUGGAGCACCUUUCUGCUCGGGCUGUUCGAGUUGAUGGCCGAGGCGUCCGGCGACGGAUGGGCGACGCACAUGUUUUACGGCACGGCGCGGGUACUGCAGCUCGCCGGGCCUGGCCAGGUCUUGCCGCACCGCAGGGGCCUUUUUGGCGCGUUCCGCGUGCUGGAGGCGACCCGGGCCAUCAUAUAUGGGCAUGACACGUUCCUGUCCGGCGAUGCGUGGCGAUCCGUUGUGGACGGCGACGCGGCGAACCCUAUGGUUGCGGUGCUUGAUCUCAUGAUACGCGCUUCGUCUUUUAGCAAGCGCUUCUUUACAAACAUUGAAGGCAUCCCGCCCCGCGCGCGUCCCUACAGCCCAGUCAUCGACAGCCUCGCGCGGGAUGGCGUUGCGCUCUUUGACCUCAUCCAUGCAUGGGAGGGAGCGACCCCUACGGAGCCGUUUGCCGAGUUGGCCAACGCCAACCACCGCGCGCUGGAGCUGUUCUUCUGCAGGAACUUUACCUACUACGAUUGCUGGCUCGAGCGAAAAGUCCCCCGACUGGAACCCCGCGAGAGGGGCGCUCACGUGGAGGGGGUGCUGCGCGCAUGCGAGGCCGUGCAGCAGUCGGGAAUUCCUGGGGCGCUGCUCCUGUUUCCCCUGCGGAUGGCGGGCGCGAACACGGCGGAUGCGAAACAGAAGAAACGGAUCCUGCGGCUGCUGGGGGGAAUCUACGCGCAAGGGUUUGUUGUGGCUGAUAGGAUCACGACUGACUUGCACGAGUAUUGGCAGUACCAGGAAGAGGUGGCGCAAGCCUCCAUGACCUAGUCCAACGAUAUGCUAUAGAGUAUGGACGUUGCAGAACCUACGAGUCUGGCCGCAUCAUCACCCGAUAUGGGGAGGCCAUACUAUAUAGUGCUUCGCGCAUUAGGUCCCAAUGUUGAAAAACUCGGUGACGACCCUGGUGCGUCGGCCAGGCGAAAAGUAGUCAUACCCAACCACCACGCCGCACUCAUUCACGUACACCGUCACCGGGAUCGCGCCCUGGUACAUCAUGUUCCACUAGAGAAUCGCGUCGUCAGCAGUGGCCCCCACCCCAAGACCGCGUUCAGGUGCGUGCGCCCGGUCCAAGCACUCACAGCCGCCACACGCC